UCUACUGUUCUGACUUGUCACCGUGCCGGCCAACAUGAGGACCCUUAUACUUGCUGUCGUGCUGUUGGCGGGGAUAGCCUACUCCCAAAAGCCUAAGCCAUGCAUUACACCACCUCAGUGGGCGUCCCGGGCGUUUAUGUUCGACCAUAACUAUGGGAACAUGGAAUAUAUUAGAAUCGUCUAUGACGCCAUCUAUCGACGAAAGAUCGUCAUCGAGGAGGACGUUGUCGUAAGACCAGGAAGAAGAUUCUACGAAUACCUCAGCCUCAACGACGUACACGAGUUGUUCAAAAUCAAUUUGAAAACCAAGGAAUGCGUGAAGAUGAGACCAAGGCACUGGCGUCCAUUUGGAAUUCCACCCAACUCCACUUUUGACAACGAGUUUGAAAUUGGUGGACCAGGCGAGGCUUUCACCGCCCAACAGUGGACUGAUAGAAUCCCUGGAUUCAAAACUGCGGAAUGGAUUGGAGUUUACAGCCUGAAAUACUGCUAUCCAGUUCACGAGACCUUCUUCAAUCGCCUCAACAUAUCCGAAUCCAACACAGUCAACUUCUACGACAUCGUCGCUGGCAUCCCCGACCCAGACAUGUUCAUACCUCCUCCGGAGUGCAAAACCGCCAAAUGGGUCGAUGAAACCGAUGAUCUGCCCGCCUACGUCUAAGAAACUUUUCACCUUCAAACAUUUUGAUGAAUUAUUAGAAAUCAAGGAAUCCAGUGAAAUCAAACUAAAACUCUCAUGCCAUAGACGCUAUCCUAUUUUCCGAGGCACUCCUGACACUUUGUACUAAAGAAUGUUAUAAACUGUUUCUUUUAUUUACUGAUUAUUGUCUUUUAUUGGAAUUAAAGCACCUCUUAUCAAAGAUAUGUUUAUGUUCCUCCUCAAUAAAGUGUUUUGUUUAAGAUAA